UAGCAUACAAGCUGCUUAGACAGGAUGGUAAUGUUGGGUUGAGUGAACACUGUACAAAAAGACUGAUAAAGGUGAACAUGGACUUGGCACAUCUUAGUCACUGGUGUCAAUAUGAAAUGAGAUGUACGUCAACUAAACUGCCAUGACUCACACCUAAAGUGUUGGUAUUGUUGUUGAAAGCAGAGACUGGGUAGUAUUUCAAUCAGGAAAUGUGUCCUUUCCCUUUAGGGUUUGAUUCCUUUGUGUUUUAAUGGAGAGGACGGGUGGAUAGAGAGAAAAUGGUUAAAAAUCAAGAUAAGAAACAAGCCCUGGGGUAGGCACCUAGGAAUUCAUUAUUCAGGCACACAUCAAUGAAGGGGAGUGAAUGAGAACUGAUGUGUGAACUACCGCCUGAAUUGAUAUUCAGCCAGUGCUUCUAUGGGAUGGCUAAGUGGCUAUAGCUUUCCACAUCCCUGCGUUAUCAGCUAUGAGUCAACACAUAGUACAUCUGCUGAUAAACCUAGCAGAGGAGCAUCAGGAAGACAUAGCUGCCAUUGAUUUAUAAAAGCAUGAAGGCUAAUGGAUGCUCGCCCCAAACGCUGUGGAUAUUGGAUAUGAAACCCCUGACUUUCAUUUGUUGCUUGAGGAGAUUUCAUUACCUUUGGAAAGCAGUGGUCAAUGUGAAUCGUACCAUCUGGGUACAACACCUCAGCACACACACACCAGCAAACAGUCCUGCUCUGUAAAAGGAGAAAUCAAAAGCACUUUCUCCAACAUCAUCACUCAGUCAACACACAGACUUGCCCUUCCUGUCAACAUGGGCAACAUGCGCAAUGUCUCAGAGGAGUGGUUCCAGAGUCUGCACAGCUGGCACCUGGACUUGUUCUUCAUCCCCACCACCCUCCUCACCAUCGUCACCCUACUGGCCAACCCCGUCCUGCUAGCGUGCAUCCUGCUCAGCCACACCCUGUGCCAGGAGACCCGCUACCUCCUCGUGGCCAACACCCUGGCCGCCGAUAUCAUCUUCCUCCUGCUCAACCUCACCACCGUGGUCUGCAACGCCCUGAGCGUGGAGAUGCUGCGGCUGCUCUGCGACUUGGUGUCCGCGGCGACGGUCACGGCCUACUGCUGCGCCAUCCUCACUGUCACCCUCAUGGUGGCCGACACGUACGUGGCGGUCCGCUGGCCGCUUCACUACCACGACCUGCUCCCGCUGGCCCGCGCCAGGCGCAUCCUGGCCGGGGUGUGGGUGGGGGCGGCCAUGUACCCGCUGUCCCAGGUCAUCCUGAUGGAGGUGAUGGGGGACAACGUGCGUCAGAGGCCCGCCAUGUGCCUGGUCCUCAUCUCCCUGGGAACCAUGGGGGGGAACACCAUAAUCGGGGUCCAUUUGUACUUUGCCACCGGCGUUUUCCUGUGCAGCUUUUUGAUCCUGUACUGCUACAUCCGCCUCUACAUGGUGACCAAGACCCAGGGGAUCUGGCAGAGCCGCUACUCCCGAGCCCGGGUCACCCUGCUGGCCCACGGGGUUCUGCUCCUGCUCUACUUCGGACCGGGCCUGGUGUUCACCGUGGAGCUCUUCCUGUUGAGUAACGAGCGCGUGAGCCUGGACGUGCGGGUGUGGCUCAACACGGUCAACAUGUGCGUGUUGACGCUGCUACCCCGACUGUGCGCCCCCUUCCUGUACGGUAUGAGGUACAGGGAGAUCUCGGACACUAUGCUGCACCUGCUGCAUCGAUGCUGGAGGCCCAGUCAGGUCACCGGGGUCUAGACACACACACACACACACCUGCUGCUGCUGCUGGAGAGGGCAUUCAAUAAAGGCAUCAGAGCUACAUGAAAUGAAGACAUUGAUAUAUUAUGUGAAAGACCAAUUGUCUUAAAUGUAUUAAAAGUUGUUUAAUUCAAAGUAUUUACCCCAAUCGUGUAUUCAGUCACAGUCCCUCAUACAUAUUUAUACCCAAUGUGACUCGAUUUCUGUUUCUGUCCAGAAAUGAACAAAAUAUUUCAAAAAUGAUUAAA